UGAAACAUGCGGUGGCAAUGUGUUUUUUAAAGAAUGUCAAUAUUAAAACAUUAGGGUGGCUUCUCCUGGACUCAUAAGAUCCGGUAUUUUUAAUAUUAUACCCUCGUAACUAUUUUCACGCAUAUCUGACGGACUAUUCAGACACUAUACAUGUGGGUGUAACUUGUAAACAGUUUUUAGGGAGUUUAGCUUUGAGGGGUUUCUAUGUUGCUCUUAUGAACCACAAAACUGUUGUUGAAAUCACUGAUCGUUUAACCAGAUGGAGCCUUUUUCCUGCUUGGACAUGGAGCCGUGCUCAUCCCUCGCAGCAAUGAGCGACAGGAAGAAGAGGAAGAACAGCGACCCUGCAUCAUAUGAGAAACCAAAGAGACUGAAGACAGGGCAGGAAGAUGAUGAAGUGCUGCAACGUGGACGUCGCUCUGGUCAAGCCAGGGUCUCAGUACCGGCCGACCACCUGCAACAGCCGAUCACACUGACUGAGCUGACAGAGCUGCUGCAUUUUGCUGCUCUGGGGAAAACUAGAGGCAUCAAACAGCCCAGUUGGUGCCGUAUCCGUCAUCAAAAAAAGAUUCAAGGUGUAAAUGUUGUGAUUGUGGAGGGGCUGACACAGAGUCACUUCUACAAGAACUAUCUCACCAUGGAACACCUUCGGACCAACUACACCACAAGGGUCACUUUCACUCCGUCAUCUAACAACAUAGCUUCUGGGAUCUUCAGCAGUGAAGUUCUUCAAGCGGACGGUUCCUCUGUUUCAGAACCAGAUAAAACUCUGCAUAAAGCUCUUAAACAACAUCCAGUCAUCACCAUGUUCGGGACACAGAGGCGAGGAUUAACUGCGUAUGUUCUCACCGAGGAAAAGAUGAUUAAGAAUCGCUACCCUGUCAAGGGAAUGCCGGGCUUUGAGGACUUUGUUUGUACAGACAGCUUUGACUGUGUUAAUGACACCAGCCCUCUCUAUGGACUUGACUGUGAAAUGUGUCUAACAGAGAAGGGGUAUGAGCUGACUCGCGUCUCUCUGGUGGACAGUGAUGGGAACUGUUUGUUGGACGAUCUGGUGAAACCUCCGAACCGUAUCUUGAACUACCUCACCCAGUUCUCUGGUGUCACUGCAGCGAUGUUGCAACCAAUCACCACCACCCUGCGGGAUGUUCAAGCAAAACUCAGGAGGCUGUUGCCAGGCGACGCUGUUCUUGUGGGCCAUUCCCUCAACAAUGAUCUCAUGGCUCUGAAACUCAUCCACAAACAUGUCAUUGACACCACACUUCUGUACAGGAGGGAGUUAGGUCAGAAAUUCAAGCUCAAAGUUCUGGCUGAGACGGUGCUAAAGAGGCAAAUCCAAUCUGAAGAGAACAGGGGUCAUAAUCCCACCGAAGAUGCGGUGGCAGCCCUGAACCUGGCCCAGUACUUUAUCAAAACAGGGCCUCGGCAGGUUGUGGAGCUUCAUUUGGAGGACCUGUGGGGAUACACAGUAGUGGACGAAUUUCACGACUGUGCUCCUGAACCAACACCAAGCCACAGGUUUGCUGACGUGCUAGAGAGAUGUGGCCGGUCGGUGCUCUAUUUAGGAAAGCGUGCUGACAUUACACUGGAACUGUCCAAUCAGCGGUGGUACAGCGCUGACAAAGAGAUGCUGGCAUCUUUUAGGAGACAGACGAAGUGUCCCUUCCUCUCCGUCCUCCAGUUCUCCACCUUCUCAGAACCCCUGACGACAGACUUCCCUCAACAGGAGCAGCUGUACCGGAGUGUGUGUGCUAAUCUCCGGGACAUGUGUGUGGUGUUUGCGGGGCCGUUUCCUGCAGGAGUCACAAAGAAGGAAGUGAAGCGGCUGUUUAGUUGUUGUGGACCAGUUCGAAGAAUCAAAUUGUUGAACACAAGUGUUCGGGUCCAUGCAGAGGUAGAGUAUGAGCUGCUGGAAGGAGCAACGCUCGCUUUAAAAACUCUCAGUGGAUUCAGUUGGCUGGGCCAGCCCCUCAAGGUGCAGAGGCCAGUACACGAGUCACUGUUGGACCUGGAUCUGAAUCUCGAUGCUUUAACGGCCGACAGCCUCAACGCAAAUUACGUGUUCGCUGUUAAACUGAGUCACCACAUGGCUCAGCGUGUAAACAUUUCUACAAAGGUUAAUGGGCAUAUAUUGGACGGAAAGUGCUCAAAUGUCACUCCUGCAAGAGCCGAGAAUGGGUUCCCUCCUGCUGAAAUUAAGAUUCGAGAAUUACACGAGGAGACUGUCAGAGAGACCUUUGGCCACUUUGGUGCUGUGGAGAGUGUCAUACUACCUGACAAACAUGAAAAACAUGCAAAGCAUGCAUGCAUAAAGUUUAAGAGUUCAGAGGGAAAACAUUGCGCCCUCAGCUCGUCUAAAGAUCUGCUGAAGGACAACUACCUCAUUUGUCCAUCCCUGACUCCACCUCACUUACCUUCAUGGGUUGCCAUGACAACAGCAGUGACUGCAGUGGAUGCAGAUGAGGAAGCAGCAGAUGAGCAGAGAAUGACCUACACACACAACAGCUCUCAGGAUCAGGAAAUGGAUCUCAUGAUGAAGAAGCUGGAUCGCUGGCUGGGAAAGGCCUUCCGAUCCCUCCCAGAUGGCACCUUGUCUGUGGUUUUGCUACGUGGACACACCAUUGCGAACGGCCACCAUCCUGGUUUGUGUCUUUUGCAAAUCAAACAUGGAUCUUGAGGAAAAAUGGGAAAUAAAUCAAUGAAAUGUCCAGAAGAUCUGUAAUUCCUGAAUGACUUGGGAGUUGAAUCACUGAAUUAAAAGUGAAGUAUUUUUAGGGGCAGCUUUGCCUCAGAAGGUUAAGUGGGAUCUCCAAUUUCCCCACUUUAUACGCCCAAGUUUUUAUUAAAUUAAAUGCUGAAUCCCCACAUUGCCUCAGUCUGUCAUUCACUUCAAAUCACUUUAGAUAAAAGAAUGCUUAGUGAAUGCAGUACAAUUUUCUUUGGCUCAUCAGUUUCACGGAAAGAGCCAAAAGUAAUAUUUUGUAUCCUGUUUUUUAACAAAAUACUUAAAAAUUAUGUAUAAACUCACAGAUCAGAUCAUUGAAAAAAAUAUUCAAGUUGCAAAUCUUUAGAUGUACAUUGUGCAACUGGGAGAAAAUCAAUGUAAGAAUGGUAAAUGAAGUUAGACAUAUGGCUAUAUCACACACAAAAUAAAGAAUGAACAGUAAAGACUGAUCAAACUUGGGCACCCAUGUGCCAGUUUUCAUACCUGAUUACAUCUAGACUUUUGACUGCAAAAGUUGAACUGGAGGGAUUGUUUUCCAGAACUGGAUCAAACGUCAACCAAUCUGUUGCAGGACUGAGCAGCUUUGGGUGCCUGAUGUAUAAUGUGGUAGAGGUUCUCACUGGCAUCAAUUCUUCUGUCAUCUAAGAGCUGCCUAAGAACUGGCCUGCGAGGCAGAGAAGUAUUGUCAUGCACCAGGAGGAACCAUCGCCAUCUGCACCAGCAUUGAGCAGCUGGGGAGUCAGGAUACAGCUGGCCGGUCUGUGCCUCCAUAAAGCAUCGCUGACUCGUUGAAAAACAUAUUGGAUUAUGGAGCAGGCAGCAUAACAUUCGUCACGUCCUCUAUAGACUCUUUUCAAACAAAUCCCACAAGUGCUGUGUGUAAAACUUGCUCCCAUCUGACGAGAGAACAGGUCAUCAACAGUGCUGGGCUGUGAGCACAGGUCUCGGACAUCUGGCCCAUAUCACAUCUCAUGGAUUGUUAAAUCAGAAAUAUGCACAAAAGUAAUAA